AUGGCUGCUGCCCUUGCCAAAGACAUGGUUGACCCACAGUGUGUUAAGGCCAUCAAUGCCUUGCUUGCAAGCAAGCUACCUGUCAACCAGCAGGUGGACCAAAUGGUAGCUAGUUACAAAAAAUAUGGCUUGGCUUACACAUGCACAGUCAACCCAAGUGAAAUCCUUUGCCAUCCCCACAACAGAGCCAACCAAAUGUUGUCCUGGGUGGACAUGUGGGACAAAGGCACCAAGAUGUUGAGCAUUGGGAUGAAGAAGCAAUUCUUGGGAGAAUCCAUUGCCAUAGAGACCAGCACUGACAGUACCACCAGAAAGGAGCAGCUGGAGGCCAACCAGAAGCUGAUCCAGGAAUCCACAGGGGCCAUGGCACCCAUGAAUGGCACAGGCUUUCUGAGCUUGUCCACAAGCCACACCACAGCUUUCUUGAGGGCCAUCAACCAUGGGUGUCUCCCAGAAGGGCAACCAGCUUUGGAGCUCCAAAAAGAUGACACGUGUUGGGAACUCAUCCAAGAUGGGUGGCCAUGGCUGAUUCUGAGCCAUUUGGUGGAGAAGCAGUGGCCAAUGCUUCCCAGCAUUAUCCAAGGGGCUUUGAACUCAGCCAAUGCCAUUGCCAAAGCAGCCAAUGAAUUGGAAUUGGCAGCUAUGGUGGCCCACUUGUUUUCCCAAGGCAUUGGAUUGGAUGAAGCCAAGCAGAGGAUCCAGGCAACCACCACUGUUUUACCUGAACAGUUGACCACUCUUUCCCACUUUGUGAAGACAUUCUUUGGUGGUGACACGUUCCCCUUGUUGGCUUUCCUCCAGAACUUCAGUAGGAACUUCAACAUUCAGCUCCAAGUGGGCCAAGACUUGUUGGAGGCCAUCACCUACACCAAUUUCAAAGUUCAUGGGUACCAAAUGCAAAAAGAUUACCCUGGCAUGGUCUUUGCCUGCACUUCCAUGAGUGACACCACCAUCACCAUGGUGCACAAACCUCCUUUGGAACAGGAGAUCCAAGUUGAUGUGCCAUUUGCAGACCUUGGCAAAUGGAAGGUGACCAGGUGCCACAUGGCCAAAGUUUGCCCAGCUCCCACUGUGGAGCCAUUGCUUCCACAGAAUGUGCCUUAUUGCCAGGAGGAGCGCUUGAGGCUGCAAGCCACUUUGGCCUUGCAUGAAGCCCAUGACAAGCACCAAGUGAACCAUUUGCAAGUUGCCUUUGUGACCAGCCCCACAGGCUUGUACACAUUGCAGCCUUUGAAAAAGGCCAAGGUGCUGAAGCUGGUUCCCAUUGGCAAUGUUUCCAAAGCCAAGGAAUCACCACCCAAGGGUGCUAUCUUGAUGGACUUUGGUGGAUUGACCUGGCAAAUCCAAGGUUGGAAGCAAUUCCAAAGUUUUGAGGAUGCCAGUCCCAAGCCCAAUGAUACAUUGGUGCCAUACUUUUGGUGUAAAGCAACCAAGGAGGACUCCAACAUGGAGUUUGGCCAUGUGAACCUGUCCACCAACUAUGGCACACUGAAGGUCCCAGUUCUCACCAAUUCCAAAGCUGUGGAAGCCAACCAGGUUCUCUUGUACCAGAAGGUCGAUGAUGACACCACUGAAGCCACUGAGACCACUGAGGGAGCCACACCUAGCAAGAAGAAGAAAGCCAAGAGAUAA